AGCUCGCGCCCACGCUGUUUAAAACGGUCUUCCCACGAGCUCUCUGAGUCACUCAUUUCAUACAGAGAGCAGAGAAAAGGAGAGCAUGAUUCAGGCAGCAGCCUACAUACGCUGUCUCCAUCUGCAUACGUCUCAAAGUCGCUUAUGUGCGCACGAGGAACACUGAGCUCACGGUGAAAAAACUGAAAGUUUAGCCAGAUAGAGAGAAUCGGAUGACCGACGUUUGUCGAUACCGGACGGUUAAUUGAUGUAUUUUUUUUAUAUUAAUUGACAGUCAAACUGGUUUUGUGUAAACGUGCUGUAUAGCAGACCUCCACCUGGCCGGUGUGUUUAAAAACAUCACGGGACUCUGCGGUUCACCUGUGGCGCACGAGGACGUUGUUUGCAUGAAACUGUGGCCAGAUAAAAGCAGUGGAUGCAACUACGCUCCAUUUAUAGAAGAAAGGUGGAAGAGUGGGAGAGGCUCUGAAGAGGACCAGCUGACCACUGGCAGAUACACCUCAGCUAAAAUUUCCUCCAAACCCAGCCUGAAACGUACAAUGUCCCUCAGCACAUUUCACCUCAUGCAGACUCUUAAGAACUCUCCUGCUGCACUACGUCGCCGCUUUCGGCGCGACCGCACAGAGUCUUUAUCCCACGGUGACCCUCUCUUCAAGGUCCACUACCUGGGCACGGAGAAAAUCUUCUCUCUGGAUCGAGAGCAGGCACAGGACGCUAUUAGCCACUUGCUAGAAGGUAUUGCUAAUGGGAAGAAACUGAGCAAAGAUCACGCCCUGGUGGUGCGCCCGAGAUACGUCGAGGUCAAGGAACUGAGUACAGGUCGGCAGCUCACUAAGACGUACCUGCAGGACAUUGCGUAUUGUGCUGCGGAUGCCAAGCGGCCCAAUGUCUUCCUGUACAUCUGCAAACAUCAGGGGCAGCAGCUGCAGUGUCGGGUGUUCUGGUGCAGCCGGGCAGAGCGCGCACGAGACAUGACGGCUUGUCUGGCACAUUCUUUCCAGCGGGCGCUGAGCGACUGGCAGCAGGACGGUUCGGCCACGCUGCAGCCAGGAGAGGUGAAGGGGAAACAAGUGGAGGAGUCAUCCAACUCUCCUGCCAACACGAAGAGCUCCACGCUGCCUGCCAGUCUGGGAAAAGUUCGCUGGAAGAAGAGGGGCUCAGUGUCUCGCAGCCCCCUCAGGGGCAUUAGCAGAAGAGGAUCUGCCUCUGACAGCUGGAACUGAACCCCGGCUUGAAUCCUUCAAACACGGGACCACAUUAACCUGACGACAACCUCAAGGAUGACUGCACUGACGGGAGGGAGGGAGUGAUUACAAGACAGAGGGAAAGGACAAAGGGUAUGAAACCGGGAAGUGGUAAAGUCCACAUUUGGACAUGUGAGGACUCUACUUGUGAGAGGAUGGACUUGAAGGUUUUUGACGCAGCAAAAGUUGUCUGACUUUUGCAAGAGUGCCGUCCAAUUGAGCACAAAAUGCUGUUGACAGCUGCCUUUGUUCACCUGUCAACAGCUAUGUGAGGACUUGUGACUGGCUGCAAGCCAUUUGAGGACCGGACUGCUAGAUUUCCAUAGCUCUUUUCUGGUUGGCUUGUUUGUUUUUAAGUAGUUUACUUGCCACUGAAGAGUUUGGUCUGUUGGAAAGAGACAAUUAAACCAACAAUGAUACCAGCUGUUGCCCAAAUGAUCCACAGAUGACAACCAAAAACUGGAAAAAGACAACGAGAGUCUUGUUGUUUUUUUUUUUUUUUUUCGGAAGGCUGACUUUCUUUUUUCUUUUUUUUAAAUUUUUAAAAUUUUUUAAUUUAACUGACAUGUGACAGGUCAUGAUGAAUUUAUUUUAUUUUUAACCCUGUGGCACUAGCAAGCAUGUUUCUCUUCUUUAUUUAUGAAGUGGAUGGACAAAACCACACUUUUAAUAUACGCUGUGAGAGUUUUGGGCAAGAUUACAGAGGAAAAAUGCAGGCAUGUUAUACAAACAAAGUAAAACUGAUUUAUAGUCUCUAAUGCACAUGAAUGCAGUUAUUUGCAGUAUGUCAUUUCUGAGCACUUUCUAAAUUUCCAACUGUAAAAUUUGACAUGCAAACACAUCAGUUUAAUUCCUAGUCAAGAAAUCAGACCUGACCAACAAUGAUAUGGGAGGGGAGGGGGGGAUAAACCCUUGCAAAACCUGCAGGGUAAACAAAAUCCUCCCUUCACGCAGCAUCCUGCAAAACAAAAACAGAUCCCAACUGUCCACUGCGAUUAAUUAUUUGCAUUUAUGUGGAAAAACACACUCUGCCGUGACUUGCAGGGCGUGUUUGUGUCCGAACACUGGGAACGCUGUGUUCACGUGUGGAGCCUCUUUGUGGAAUGUGUGGCCAUGCACCUGCAUUCCAGUUGGGGAAAUUUGAGAUGGAGAAUCUUCUUUAAAAGCCCCAAAUUCGUCUCCAUGUCCAACCAUGACUUUGCAUACUGAGCAGCCUCGUCAGUAGAUGCUACAACGUGCUUUUAACUCUGAGCCCUCGACUUACCAAAGCCAUAAAAGGUGCCCUAACUAUUUCAGUUACAGUGACGGUUAUACGCGCUGAUAUGUGCAGUAUUGCAUAACAUGCUCUCAUGAUUUCUGUCUUAACGUUUACAAAUGAGAGACUUGAGGAUUAGUGGUACACCCUGAGGCUACCACUCACUUGUCAUUUUGUUUUCUGACCAAAACUAAGCUAGAAAUGUUGCCUUUUUUUUUUUUUUAACAGGAAAGGUAUUUUUUGACUGGCAGGUUUUUUAUCAGUUAAUUUUAACAUUUUGUACUCGUGAUGUAUCUUCAGUUACAAACGGCACAGCCCCAAUCUCAGAAAAGGGGCUAAAGUGCUUGCUUUAAGGCAUAUUUUAUCAAUGUACUGUUUUGUCAUUGUACAUAUUCAAUUAAAUAUGUAUUUUAUGAAAUAUUAAAACUUUUUAUACAACA